CUCAAAAUUACUAACUCACGGAAAAAAACGAAGGCAGCUCCGAGAGAAGAGAGCGACGAUGGUGAAAUGUAUGAAGCCAGGAAAAGCUGUGAUCCUCUUACAAGGACGAUACGCCGGUAAAAAGGCGGUGAUUGUGAAGUCCUUCGAUGACGGUACCGGCGAGAAGCGGUUCGGUCACUGUCUCGUCGCCGGUUUGAAGAAGUAUCCGAGCAAAGUCAUCCGUAAAGAUUCGGCCAAGAAGACGGCGAAGAAAUCGCGCGUGAAGUGUUUCGUCAAGGUCGUUAACUACCAGCACGUGAUGCCUACGCGCUACACUUUGGAUUUGGACCUUAAGGACGUUGUCUCCGGCGAAGCGAUCUCUUCCAAGGAUAAGAAAGUGACGGCUCUCAAGGAAGCCAAGACUAGGUUUGAAGAGAGGUUUAAGACUGGCAAAAACAGAUGUUUCUUCACCAAGCUUAGGUUUUGAGUCUUAGUCUUAAAGUUUCAAUUU